AAGACAUGAUAGUUUUUAUUCACAGAGCAGAUUCAAACCUCUCUAGCAGCAAGUAAGACUUUUACUAAGGAAAGGCAACAGUGAGAAAAGUGCAAGGUUUAAACUGAACAGAAAAACCUCCAGCCAGGAACUUAUUUUACAGAUUAGAUAAAUAGACUCUGUAAGUGCAGCAGAUCAAAUUAAUCUGCAAAAUGCAAGCUGUUCGUCAGUGUUCAGUGUGUGCGAGCCGUGCCGCUACAGGACUUGUGCGGAAUCAGAUAGAUAUUUCAGUGCUGCGGACCAGCAAGAGCGUGCUGAGGAGAGGAGCAGCCUGCAUUCGUUUCCUCGGCAGCUCUGAGAGCAGGAUACCUGGAAACCAGAAGUUUGGGGAACCGAUAAAGCCUUCACACAUGAGCAUAGCAUCUUUAAGCGUUGCCCGUGGGUUUUGCACUGUCCGUUUUACACAGCAAGUGGAAAACCUCUCACAUGACUCUCUGAUCAGAAGAGCUGCCUCAGUGAUUACAGACAGCUCAUGUACUUUCCUCUCCCAGACCACCUUGGCUUACUUUGAUGCCCUUGCAGACUAUUCAAAGGCUGUGCACUCACGCAUUGCUUUUCAAAGACAAUAUUUGGCCUCACUGGGAAAAAUUACCCCAGCAGAGGAGGAUUCACUCCAGCAAGCGAUCAAUGGCUGGCGUGCAGAGGCUAGUGAAAGACUAGUCGAAUGCAAACGUUAUGAAUCAGCUUGGAUCAAUGCCAUCAGCCUGUGUAAAAUGGCAGCUGAGGCAGCGUGCACUUCAGGAGCUCACCAGGCAUCCAUCUCAAUGAGGACAAACAUCCAGGUGGCCCAGUCGCAGGUGGAAGAAGCACAGAAACUUUCUGCAGAGGCAGAUAAGAAGCUGGCUGAGACAAAAGUAGAAGAGAUCCAGAGGAUGGCAGAAUAUGCUGCCUUCCUUGAGGAUAGUGAUGGGCCUGAGGUGCAUGAGGCUUAUCUACGAGAGGACUAACACAGACAUAUGGGAAAACAGGAAAACAAUGUGCAAGUGCUAUUGAUUUCAAAGUAAUAUGAGCUCAACUUUGAAAACUUUUUCUACUCUUUUUGCUGUAAUAGCUUUCCUGCUGUGAGAUAUUUACAUGUUUACUUUCACAGAAGAACAAAGCACAAAAGGCUAAUUUUGAAAAUAAAAUUAACAAUAAACCACUUGCAUAUAUUUUUAUUUAAGACUAUUUAUUAGGGUUAGUAAAUGUAGGAAAACAAUGGAAUCACUAAUAUUUUGUUCCAGUGAUUCUUAUCCAUCAGUGGAUUACAAUAUAUGUUUUGCUGUAACAAAGAUUUUUUUUUAAAUAAAAUGACUGUGUCCUCCUC